GAGUAAAAUAAUAAACACAGAAUACACCGCGCCGCGCCGCCGUGAACCUUUUCAGCCUCUAUCUGGAACACACGACCAAGCCGUCAAUAUGAGUUCUGCAAAGCCGAAGUCCGAAAUGACUCCUGAGGAGCUGGCCAAGCGUGAGGAAGAAGAGUUCGAGACGGGGCCGCUGUCCGUGCUGACGCAGUCAGUGAAGAACAACACGCAGGUUCUGAUAAAUUGCAGAAAUAACAAGAAGUUGCUGGGUCGUGUAAAGGCCUUUGACCGACACUGCAACAUGGUGUUGGAAAAUGUCAAGGAGAUGUGGACGGAAACCCCGCGAACUGCUAAGGGACGCAAGGGUCAGCCUGUGAACAAAGAUCGAUUCAUUCCAAAGAUGUUCCUGCGGGGCGACUCGGUCAUCAUCGUCUUGCGGAACCCUCUGCAAGCUGCAAAGUAAAAGCCGGGCAAGCGAAUCAUUGAGAUCGAUAUCCUCCCCGAGAAGGUGGACAUUGUAUAUUUUGUAUGAUCUUCCGAGGGGUCCCUCGAAUAAACACCGGAAUUUCUGUGAUUCGAAUUCCCACU